AUGUCUGAUAGCGAGUCAUUCUCCGAGCGCGAGCCUAAUGCGUUCGAUGAGGAGUUAUCGGAUGGUCUCUUUGACUCCGACGGCGAAGCGGUAGGGCCUGAUGCCGAGGGUGGGACUGAUAUCGACGUCGAGAUACUCGGCGAAGGGCCCAGCUCCAUUCCAACACACGGAGUCGGAAAGGGGCUAAUGACCGCUCCUGUCCCGUUGUCAAUCGUCUAUAGUUACGGCCGCCACGUGGGCCUUGGUAUGCCUUGGGAGGCGAGCGGUGGCCGCCAGUCAGAUACCUCCACUUCUGGCCGUGGAGAGUCGGCAGCUAAACCAUCAUCUGGGCCUAGGGUAUCGGUAGUGUACCCAAGCAACCCUAGGGUGCCUAUGGGGGUGCCGAAGGAAAAUUUAUUCGGCGUCGACUAUCUUGGGUCGAACAAGAUUACCGAUCGGGAGAUUGCCAAAUUUCGAGCGGAAUACCGCAUCCCCAAUUCGGUACGGAUGAGGAUCCCGGGCCCUACCGAAUCCCUUAGUACGCCGAAGGACGGCGAGGUAGUCUUUUUUACCGACGUCCUUGUGCAAGGCGUUUGGUUGCCGUUGCAGCCGGCGAUACAGAGGAUCCUAGCCCAGAUCGGCUACGCUCCGGGGCAAUUCAACCCCAACUUCUGGGUGGCCCUCAUGGGAGUGAUAACGGCCUUCGGCAUGGCUGGCGAAGGGAGCCCCUCCUAUGAACAGUUCUCUCAUCUAUACAACAUUACCAAGUCCAAGUGUGUCGAUCACGGCGGAUGGGUGCAGGCGAACUGUCUCAGGGCUGCCGAUCGUGGCCACUUUGUCAGCUGGGUACCGACUUCACAGAAGUCAUGGACGAAUCGGCGGGUGCUCCUUUCGAGCGACUGGGAGUCGCCUUCGGGACAGCUUGUCCGAUUUCGCAUUCCCACAACAUUCCAAAUAGCCGGUAAAUUGAAGCAGCCGAUCGCAACGCAGGCCGAGAUCCAGAAAGUGGAGAGAGUGAGGAGAAAAGUCCCUGCCGAGAAGAGGGUGUAUCCGCAGUUCCUCUUCACCGCCAAUCUGAUUCAGGCCCAGCUGGUCGAUCCUGCCGAGAUGACGGAAAAGAGGAGAGUUGCCGAAGCUAAGAGGAUGAACGAGUCCUCCAAGCGCUGUCUUAUGAUGGGCUUCCAGGGGAAGAAGAAGAAGAACCAGCCGCAGGGCUCGACAUCGAUAGACCCCGAGGACCAGACUCUGGCUGACCGUCUCCGGACUUCCUCCCGAGCUGCCGGUGAACGGCCCUUUACCGUCGACCUAGAUGCCGAACCGGCCCCAAAACGCGGACGGCAGGCCGAGCCUCCUCGGGCCAUCUUUGCUGCUGACAACGACGAGGAGCCUACCAAUCCCGUCACCCUGGCCUGUCCGCCGAAAACGGUCCAGUUUGCGAACCACAUGAUCCUUGGUUCGCAAAUGGAGCUGAAUGAGAUCGAGGAGCUGCCGAAGAAGCUCAUUCGGGAGGAGGCGGGUCGCGCUUUCCGUCUUCAAGCAUCGGCUUCGAUGGACAUGUGGCUUUGCAUGAAGCGAGCCAUCAAUGCUGCCGAGAAGGCGAAGAAGGCCUAUGAGGACGGUAGGGCCAGGGUUGCCGAGGCUGGCAAGGCUAUCCAGGAUCAUGCGAACCUGGCGAAGGAUUUGCAGGCUGCCGAACGGCAGGUCAGGGUUUAUGAGUCCAAGUUCGCAGAUCUGUCGUCAGCCCUGGAGUCGGCACAACUAUCGGCAAAAGAGGCUCUGGAGGGGAAGGAAGCCGUUGAGGUGGCUCUGGAGGAGUCGGAGCGGGCCAAAGCUUUCGAGAUUGAGGCUGCCGUCCAGGAGGCCAUUCAGAAGUAUCGCUACUCUCCCGAUUUCUCUACCUUGCUUGACAAGGAGGUGGGCUCGGAGAUGGUGGAUCUCAUCUACCGAUUCAAGCGGUACAAUCCUGGGACGAAGCUCAACUUGAACUUCAUUGCCGAUCCUCCUCCCCUUCCCGAAGGCGUUACAGAAGAAAUGAUUGAGGAGUAUGAAGGGGAGGACGCUCCGGGGGAGCCCGACGCCAUUGGUGCCGAGGAGGCUACCUGA